AAUUGAGCACUGAUAAUCUUCUAAUUAAAUAUCUAAAAAUGGUUGUUUGUAAAUUUUUUCAACAAGGAUUCUGCCGUUAUGGGCAGAGUUGUAGAUUUGAUCAUAUUUACGGCAGCAAAUAUUCUUAUCGAGCAUCACAAUCACAUAAUGAGGGACCAAAUGAAGAAGUGUUUGACAAUAGCAUGAGACAAGGAAACUCGAACAGUGCUGCAUCAUCAAUAUUCCGAAGUGCCGUUCAAAAUAAUUCAGUUUUUAAUACUGUGCCCAAUUAUGACCAAAAUUCCCAAUCAAGAGGAUCCGUUUUUAAUAGAUUGGGGCCACCACAGAAUCCAUCAGUGGGUUUUCAAAAUAAUCAAGCUAAAUCAAUAUUUGCUCAAGCAAAUCAGAGUACCUUCGGGCAACCAGUGCAAGCUACAAAUGUUUUUCAAACACAUAAUCAAGAGGCAGCUAAAUCAAUAUUUGCUCAAGCGACUCAAAACAUAUUUGGUCCCGCACAAACCGGGAACAUUUUUAAUCAGACUACAGAUACUGCAGCUAGUGUAUUUGCCCGUGCAGCCCAAAAUUUGCACCAUAACACUCCAUUUAACCAACAAAUGAGUUCACCUUUCAGCAAUACUGCACAAAAUAUUUUUCAAAUAUCUGAGAAACCAGCAUCAAAUGUGUUUGGUGGGGUCGGGAAUGCAUUUGAUCAAAGCAACAAUGACGAAGGCAUUUAUAGUAACUUAGAAGAUUUAUCAAGCAGUGACCUUGAAGCUUUUGAAAGUUUAGAUUUUACUUUAGGAUCCAUUCCAGAGCUACCUCCUCCUAAAAGUCUCUGUAUAUAGAUGCUACAUUAAAGUGUUAUUUACUUUAAUAGAAUAUAGUAACAGUCAAUAAUAAUAAAAUAAAACUA